UGUGUACCACCAUUUAUAUAUAUAUUUUGAUAUAGGAGUCAAACGAGUAGACGAAUUGCCUGAUGGUAAGCGAUUACCGUUGCCCAUGAACACCCGAAACACCAGAGGCGUUGUAAGUGCGUUGCGAGUCUUAUUGGUCUUAAAGAUGUGAGUAAGCUCUUUUCUUUUACAAGGAAACAAUCGAUCAAAUGCCGCAAUGUAUUUUUUUUUUGUGUACCAUCAGGCAGGCCGUAUGCUUGUUUGCCACCGACGUAGUAUAAAAAAAAAAGUAUUGCAAAUCGCAUUCGAUUAUCUCUGACUCUGUUGGAGAGGUCAUAAAAGUAGGGCAAUGUACAAAAGAAACAUGUGACUUUGAGUCCUAUUUAGUAUAGGCAUACGUUUCAUAAUGUAUUUUCAUUCGUUGUAGGUCAGGAAAAUCAAUACUAAUAAAAAACCGCCCCUCCCUGAACCGAGGCCUACCGCGAACAUCGCAGUUCGCAAAUAAAGGGGAUCUUUCUCUUUUACUCCAAUAAAGGCGUAAUUAGAGAGAAAGAGAUCAAUUUGCGAACUUCGGUGUUCGCGGUAAGCCCCUGCCUGCACUCGCAUGGCACUUCGGUACUCGCGAUGUUUUGACGUUUCACGUUUCUUUCUAGUACUGAAGUGACAGUUGACAGCAUGUAUUCCAGGAAUUCAGUUUUCAGUAUUGAUCGAAAUAGUUGCUAAAGUAUUAUUAGAACUGAAAAUAAAUAGGUUACAGCCUUGAAGGCGCGACUGAUGCAACGUCGGAAAAUUGUGUUAAGUUAAAUAAAGAGACUGUCCUGUGAGUAAAACGCUAUAAAAACAAUGGAAUGUGAACUUUCGGAAAAAACUCAUAAUAUUGCUUCGAGUGGACAAUAAAGUGAUAAGUGCAACGAAGGAUAUAUUAAUUAGGAACCAGCUCAAUCAAAAAAUAUGUACUGAAUUUUAUUUAAAGGAUAAUUAUUAAAAAACUAUACAUAGCUAUCUACAUUUAGAUCGCAAAGCAGUGUCAAGUACGAUUUUAAGCUUGCCAGUAAGUUAAAAAAUGCAAAUGACUCUCAUCCACCACUCUAAAGACAUAUCCCUAAGUCCUGCUUUGCACAGAGGCACGAAUAUGUUGCUUUUCUCACAUAUUCAACUUGUUCCGGCAGUAGAUACAACAACAUAUAAUUGUCCUAUAUGCAGUCACGUAUCCAUAUCCAUUGAUAACUUCAAGCAACACCUACAGACGGUACAUCCCCGGAAUCAAUAUAUUUGUAAAAUAUGCCACAGAAAGUAUAAAACCGUCAAGAGCCUGAGGCGGCACGAGAAGACACACCAAAAGAAUGUUGAACCUGCGGUCAAAGAACAGAAAGAACCAGAAAUACCAUGUCCACAAUGCCCUAAGAAGCUUAAUACUCAGACUUCGUUAUACUGGCAUGUUGAGCGUAAUCAUACCAAUAAUGAAAAAACAAAUACUUGUCAGGUAUGCGGAAAAGAGUUGGCAGAUCAAGCUCUGUUGAAAAGACAUUUAGAAACGGUGCAUUCGUUAGAAUCCGCUACCUGUUCAAUAUGUAAUAAAACUUUUAAAAGUGUCACUAAUAUGCAAAGACAUAUCGCUGUAACACAUCCGCCCGAAGAAGCCGAACAAACUUGCGAAAUUUGCAAUAAGACAUUUAAAUGUUCGACUCACUUGCGAAUUCACAUGCGAGCUGUACACUCCACGCAAACACUAUUUAACUGUGAUAUAUGUAAUAAAGAAUUCGCUUUGAAAUCAUACAUGUUGAAACACAAGAAAACACACAUUGAUGUUAAGGAGGUCCAGUGUGAAAUCUGCUAUCAAGUAUAUAAAACUGUAGAUGAUGCGAAAAGACACGCAAAACGUGUGCACAUGAAACCAGAAGACUCGAAGAAAAUGAAAACUCACAAGUGUGACAUCUGCGAUAAAGAGUUCACUCGCACUAAAUAUCUGUUUUUCCAUAAAAAGACACAUGUCGAUAAAACACUUUCAUGUAAAUUCUGUCACAAAUUAUUCAAAUGUAAUAGCCAUGUCAACAGGCAUACGAAACGAGUACACACAAAAUCAACAGUAAAAACAAAUACAGAUGCAAGUUUUUACUGUGAUAUAUGUAACAAAGCAUUUAGUAAAAAGAAAAAUUUAGUGAAACAUAUUCAAAUUCAUAUGAUUGUGAAAAAAGAGGCUCCUUGUGGUAUUUGUAACAAAUUAUUUAAAACUAACAGUGACGUUAAUAGGCAUCUGAGACGAGUCCAUAUGAAAAACAUGAACAUAAAGGAUUUGAUUACGAAAAAUAAAAAUAUGAAGAAUAUGAACAUAAAUACACCAGCAAAAAUUAAAACAGAAGAAAUACCAACUACAGAAUAUAUAGAUGAUGCCCUUGAAAAUAUUGAUUAUACAGAAGUAAUAAGUACUAAUUACACUGUCAAAGCUCUUGAAGUAACAGAGUAUACAGAUAAAGUACCUAGAAGCGAAGACUACACAUUAGCAACACUUAAAAAUACAGAAUAUACAAAAGGCCUUGCAACUACAGAGGGAACGGAAGAAUUAAAAAGCUCUGAUAUAGAAGAAGACUUUGCUAGUACAGAGAACACAAGGGGAGCCAUAAUAGGUACUCAGUUAAGUGAUGUGAUUAUAAAUACAGACUUUAUUGAGAAGGGCCUUGAAAAUACUGAUUAUGCUGACAAAGCCCUUCAAAAUACUGGUUCUAAAUUAACAGAAGACCCGGAUGAAAAUACAGGGCUCUUAGGAGAGACCAUUAAAACUGCUAAAGUCCUUAAAGCGACUACAAAUUUAGAGAUAGUAAUUGAGAACACAGACUCAAUGGAAGCUCUCGAAAAUACAGAAUGCGAAAACAAAGACUUAAAAGAUAAAUUGAGCAGAAAUACAGAUAUUAUAAAGGCGGCUAUUGAAAGUUCUGAUUUUACAAUGGAAGAUCUGGGGAUGAUAAAAAUUAAUGAACAAGCCGUUUUAAGUGACGAUCCGAAUGCAUCCGUUGGUAGUACAGAUUUACGAGCAGACAUAGAUUUAUCAGCAGUAGCAAAAGGGACACCUGAAGAUACAGAGUUGAGUAAAAAAAUUGGGAACACAGAUAUUAUAAAAACAGCUAUUGAAAUUUCAUAUUUUAGUAUGGAAGACCUUGAAAUUGUAAGCACAGAAGUCAAAAAUAAAGUUUUCACAAGUACAGGGAUAAAUAAAGCCAUACUUGGAAAUUUAGAGUCUACAGACCUCGAAAAUACAGAUUUCAUAGAAGCACUAGAAAGGCCAGAGUGCUCAGAGAAAAGUCUUGGAAAUACAGAUAUUAUAAAAGACGCUAUCGAAAGUUCAAAUUUCACAAUCGAAGAUCUUGGACUGACGGAAUAUACAGAGGAUGCCCUAGGUACAGAAUACACUAUAGAAGAUUUUGGAAUAACAGAAUGUACAGAACUGGAAAGUACAGAAUUUGCGGAAGAAAUGCUUACAAGUACAGAUUUCAUAGAGAAAGCUCUUAGCAGGACACUUUAUGCGAAGGAAGGUGUAGGCACAGAAUUGACGAAGAAAACUAUUAAAAAUACUGAUUUGAUAGAAACUCUUGCAGACUCAGAGUACGCCAAAGAAGUGCCGACAGAGUUAGAAGAUGUAAUUGAAAAUGAAUUCACAGACCAAACUCUCGAAAGCACGUUUUUCAUUGAUGUCCUUGGGACAGAUUUUGCUAACAAACUCCCUACCAAAUUCACAGGAAAAAUUCCUGGUGGUGCAGAUUUUAUAGAGACCCUUACAAGGACAGAUCUCACACAGGCCCUGAGUGCAGUCGCAGGUGAGGCUCAUAAUAAGGAUUUUAUAGAACAUGCUCGUGAAAGUAUAGAGUACGCAAAUAAAACAGACGAUUUAGAGUUCACAAAUAAACCUAUAGCAAAUACAGAUAUUAUAAAAGAAGAGAAUAGCUCUGAUUUCACAAAAGAAGUUCUAGGUUGUACAGAUUAUGCCAUGAAUGAAAUUAAAGAAUACACAGAAGCUGAUCUCAAGAGUAUUGAAAUUAAACUGUUAAAAUGUCUGAAAUGUGGCAUUGAUUUCGGAAAUGAUGUUGAUUUACAUACUCAUUUGUGUGGUGGGGAAAUGACUUUGUUUCUAGAUUUCCAAGAAAUUUAGACAUCUUGCAUUGAAACACUGUUGUAUAUAAAAACUUGUAGCAUAAGUAGAUAAAAUAAAUUCUGAAUUUGGUUGUGGUCACUCGAAAUCAUUGACUUUAUAUAUUGCUUCGUAAAGUCGGGCAUUAUGGGCACGACGAAGUGGGUUAAUUGUUGCUCAAUAGGGUUGUUUCCAUCUACAAAUCUUAGGGCAGAAUUGUAUCCCAAUAAAUUCUUUUGUAUUAUAAGAACAUGUUAAACUACUUUUAUGGGACCUGUAAUGAUCAUAUUUUUGUAAAUAUUGAAUUUAAAAUAUCUUUUGGAACACGUCACGUGACCAAACUCGAAACGCCAUUGAAAAUUCUGAUGACGUCACAACUCUCGGAUUGACACUGUUGACAGUUAGGCGAUAAACAACAAAUGACAAAUGUCAGUUGACAGUUCGUAUCUUCUACGUAUGUAUGUAGUUAUGUGUCAAACCGUAAACUAUGACUUCACACAAUUUUCAAAGAGCGUUUUGGGCUCGAAAGGUUCUGUCAAAAUAUAUUUUGUUAAUUUAGCAUAUUUAAAGCCGUUUUUAGUAUAAAAGUUGAAUUUUAGGGCAACUUUUAGUUAAUGUAGAACGUAAUACAAGCGUUUCAAAAAAUUGGAAACAACCCUAUUGUCAUGUAUUCAAUAGGUAUGCCUGUAAAUAAGCAUUAGAUUAAUGUUUGUUGGAUAUUUGUAAUAUAAAUAAUAUAAAAUAUUUAGAUGACACGGUUACACUCGAAUCGUUCGAUAUUUCGAACCCAUUGGGGGUCCUUCUUCUUGAGUACUCGCGGCGGCUGCAAUCCGCGCACUGUGCACGUGGUAUUUAAACAUUUUAGAAUAUAUCUCACGAAAGUUUAAUUUCGAGAAAUAAAUUUUUACCUACCUACAAGUUAAAUUACUAUGGGCCGAAUGUAGAAAUUAAAAUAAAUAAAUGAAUAUUAUAGAACAUUAUUACACAAAUUGACUAAGUCCCACAGUAAGCUCAAUAAGUAAAUAAAAGUUGUAAGUCGAAACGGGCAACACCGGUCAACAGUGGCGGGGCAAAACUCAUAAGACACGGGUCCCACACAGAUCUAGCCGCCUCGCGAAGCAAUUGCCGCACGAAGCAGGGGGACUACCGUAAAAACCGAAAUUCGCAAAUUGCGGGGAUCUUGCUCUUUUACUCUUACUAAGAUGUAAUUAGAGUGACAGAGAAAAAUGCCCGCAAUUGACAAACUUCGAUUUUCGCGGUUAUAGCCCAGCUCAGUCGGUGGAGACGUGCCUCGCCCGUAUUGGUAAAAAAAAGUGUCAAUGUUGACGCUUUACACCUCUACAAUUCUAGCUUAUCUUUUAUAAUUAAAAACCCCCCGACCAAAUUGGGACUCUUUCCUUCGCGAGUUUAAAAUAGGCCCUGGUGAAAUUACCUGAACUAUUUCUACUUUUUAGGGUUCCGUACCCAAAGGGUAAAACGGGACCCUAUUACUUAAACUCCGCUGUCCGUCCGUCUUUCAUCAGGCUGUAUCUCGUGAACCGACCGUGACCGUGAAGCUAGACAGUUGAAAUUUUCACAGAUGAUGUAUUUCUGUUGCCGCUAUAACAAAAAAGUACGGAACUCGCAGUAGGCGAGUCCGACUCGCACUUGUCCGGUUGUUACGUUAUGCUUUAUAAUAUAAUACGUAUAUAUAUGGGUCGAUUAUCACAUCGAAGUUUAAUAAGUGUAAUAUUUAUUAGUUGUCAGAACUGGAUUAUCUUAUCUAUUUAAUGUAUGUACCUACCAAAGACUAAUAAACAGAUGAUAAACCCA